AUGGGUAAACGCGGCGGCAAGAAGUUUAAUCGCGGUGGCCGAGGCGGCGGCGGUGGUCGCACCAACUGGUCCGAGAUCGCCAGGACCAACGAGAAGCUUGAGCGAUACUACAAUGAGCUGGGUAUAGUCUCAGAGGCCGAGAAGGAUGAUUUCUGGGCCGCAAUCCGUCGGGAUCUGCCCAACAGCUUCCGAUUCACCGGCUCUCGUGGACACGCGCUUGCUGUCCAGGAACGUCUCAAGGACUUCUACGUUCCCCAGAUUACCGCAAUCAAAUAUGAGGGCGAAUUCGUCGAGCCCCCUCGUCCCGUUGAGUGGUACCCCGACCAGCUUGCCUGGGCCAUGACCACCCCGAAGCAAAUCAUUCGCCGCUUCGCCCCCUUCUCCUCCUUCCAGAAGUUCCUCGUCGCUGAGACCGAGGUUGGAAACAUCAGUCGUCAGGAGGUCGUUAGCAUGAUCCCCCCUCUUCUGAUCGACGCGCGCCCCGGCAUGACUGUUCUGGAUAUGUGUGCUGCUCCUGGCAGCAAGUCCGCUCAAUUGAUGGAGCUGCUUCACGCUGGUGAGGAGGAGACCAUCCAGGACGCUUCCCAAAAGGCGCGCGAGGGCGCUAUUGGCCCCGAGCCUUUUGGGCCGGAGGGAUUGAGCGACGAUGGCCGAACUACUGGCCUGCUGAUCUGCAAUGACAGCGACUACAAGCGCGCGCACAUGCUUAUCCACCAGAUGAAGCGUCUCAGCUCGCCUAACCUGAUCAUGAACCGAUACCUCAAGUUCGACCGUAUUCUUGCCGAUGUCCCCUGCUCUGGUGACGGAACUCCCCGCAAGAACGUUUCCGUCUGGAAGGACUGGAACCCUGCCAAUGCGCUUGGACUCUACGUUACCCAGGCCCGGAUUCUGGUCCGUGCCCUUCAGAUGCUUAAGGUCGGUGGUCGUGUGGUCUACUCCACCUGCAGUAUGAACCCUGUUGAGAAUGAAGCCGUUGUCGCAUCUGCCAUUGAGCGCUGCGGUGGAUCCGUCAAUGUUAAGAUCAUUGACUGCAGCGCCGAGCUGGCUGGUCUGAAGCGAGCCCCCGGAAUGCGUGACUGGAAGGUUAUGGACCGCGAGGGCCGUAUCUGGAACAGCUGGAAGGAUGUCGAGGAGCACAAGGAGAAGGAAGGAAUCGACGGUCUGGCCCGAAUUGCCAAGGGCAUGUUCGCCCCCGAAUCCGACAGUGAUCUCCCUCUCGAGCGCUGCAUGCGUGUCUAUCCUCACCACCAGGACACCGGUGGUUUCUUCAUCACUGUCCUCGAGAAGACCCAGGAGAUUCGCGCCAAGCCAGAGAACGUUGCCGAUGUCAUCCCCAAGGCUUCAGUGGCGGCUCUCGCUGACGAGCUGGAUGCCCGCAAGAAGGGCGACAUCGACUCCUACAAGAAGCUGGAUGCUCUGGACGACCUCGUUGCCCCUGACCAGGAAGCUGCCAAGGAGGUCGCAAAGAACGCGACUGUUGCCGAGUCCAGCCACCAACCCCCAUACUCCGUUACCCUCGACGCGGCUGACCCUGGCUCGCCUGCCAAGCGCGCUGCGGAUGACUUCGAGGCAGAGAUCCCUGCUAAGAAGGUGAAGCUGGACAAUGGCGAGGAAAUUCUUCUCGGAGACCGUCCCAUCCACAAGCCCGCGGGUGCAGUGGAAGCUCAGGCCGUUGAGACCUCAGACAGCAACACCCCUGCCUCAUCUGCUCCCGCUGCAUCGGCUAAGGUUUUGAAGAAGAAGGUUCACCAAGAGGAGCCUUACAAGUACCUGAUCCCCAACCACGAAGAGUUAGAGCCUAUCUACAAAUUCUUCGAGCUGUCGGAGCGAUUCCCGAAGGACCGUUUCAUGGUCCGCAAUGCCGAGGGCAACCCCACACGCACUGUUUACUACACCAGCGCUCUCGCUCGCGACAUUCUCCAACAAAAUGAAGGCUCCGGUAUGAAGUUCGUGCACUGCGGUGUGAAGAUGUUCGUCAAGCAAGACGCUCAGCGCGAGAACGUUUGCCGUUGGCGUAUCCAAACCGAUGGUCUGAACAUCAUCGAGCCCUGGAUUGGCACUUCCCGCUCUGUCACUCUGACCAAGCGCGAGACCCUGCGCAAGCUUCUGGUCGAAAUGUUCCCCAAGGUCAAUGACGAGGGCUGGAAGAACCUGGGUGAGAUUGGCGAGCAAGUCAAGGACAUCCCCAUGGGUUGCAGCAUUUUGCGUGUUGAGCCCACUGGCAAGGAAGAUGGCCUCACCGAGCGAAUGGUGCUGCCUCUUUGGCGAUCGCUGCACUCCCUCAACCUCAUGCUUCCCAAGGAGGACCGACGCGCCAUGCUUCUCCGUAUCUUCAACAGUGACACCCCCCUCAUCAAUGCCACAUUGAAAUCAAGCAACCAGAGCCCCGCGACUGCGACUCCCAUUGAGUCUACCGCUGGCGCCGAGGACAAAGCGCUGCAGGCCGAGAGUGAGCAACUGGGCGAAGUCGAGCAGGACCACACUGAUGCCCGUGAGACCUACACCAAGGCUGGCGAUGAGGAGGACCGCACCAACACAACGGUUUAA